AUGGACUCGCCUCAUGAUCUCCCUGACUCUGGCCGAGACGACAAGCAUAGGAGGCCGGUGACUCCCAGCGGAGAUGAAGAUCGUCAACCUUACUCAGAAAUAGGUCUAGGUAUCCUUACAACACCACCCAGAGUGCUAAGACCGGCAUCACCAGCAAGCAGACGGUCUGCAGUUUCCAGUCCCAGGAGCAACGCUGCUCUAAGAAGUGAUCGAGAAAACAACUAUGCGGAUCAGCAUGACCACGCCAAUCUUGUGACCAUUGCCCUAGAAAAUGUUGUCCAUCGAGCCGAAUUAGGACGGGAGCUCAGUGGUGGGUCACCACGUUUGCCUGGAACUACCGAUGAUACACAUAGCGAUGACUCCAUUGGUCCGAACGGGCAAGCUCAAAAUCAUAAUGAAAAGGAGGAGCAACGAGACAGGAACAAAGGACCCGCGGUGGCCCAGGAUGACAAUACCUUGGUCGCGGAAGAAAAGCUCCGCCUUGACAACCUCGCACUUGAGAAGCAGGUCAAGGCACUCGAGGGAUAUUGCGAAACGCAACGGGCCGAGAUCAACGUCUUUCGCGAGAAGCAAAGAGCAGCCGAGCACCUUGCUGAAACCCGCCGACAAGAAGUCGUGGAAAUCAGGAGAUCGAAAGAACACAUCGGGAAAGAGCUGGCCAAAUCACGAGCGCAUGUCGAGGCGCUGGAGCGAGAGAUUGCAAGGCUUCGAUUGCUGGAGGAUGAAAAGCGCAAGCUUAACACGGCCGAGUGGCAGUUGGGAGACCUAUAUGGUGAACUCCAACAAAAGAAAGCGGAGGUCAGCUCACUACUGAGCGAAGUGGAGGAGCUUCGUGAGUCAAGAGAGCUGUCUGAAAAAGCACGGAGAAGAAGCGAAGAAAAGUGCAAGAAGUUGCGUGAGCAAAUCAAGAAAUCCAUUGCAUGGAUAAAGGAGGCACACAAACAACAAGCUCAGAGAGACAUGGAACAAUACCGGCUCUAUGACGCACAUUUCGCGACCUUUGGAAGGCGACGACCUCCAAGCACUCGCAAUUCUGUUCAAACAUCGGCCGGACAGCACGAGAUUCUCGGUGAUUUCAUGUCCUCCCGGCCUCAAAGUGCGACCAGCCAGUCACUGGUUUCAUCUACACGCCAAAGCCUCAUGAGCGAAAAGCCCGUCCUCUCAAGACCGCGAACCUCCCUCAGCGGCGCAACAAGCCCAUCUGUUCUGGAAACGCCUGCCCGUGCUAUAAGUGCAUCUGCAACUUCACAGUCACCACCCGUGACGGCUGCGAGCACCACAGAAAAUCGGCUGCUCUCGGGUAAGAGGGUUUCAUUUCAUCCAAUACCAACAUACUCUACUUAUCGGGCCCUGGGUUCUCCAUUGCGCCGGCAGUCCGAUCCUUAUUUCAGGAGAGGCCGGCACAUGAAGCCAUCGUUACCGACCACUCUCGGGGAUGAUGAGGUAUCGGAAGAAGGGAGCGUAUCAGGCCGUUCUUUGACCAUGCCAACGACACAGAGAGAGCACAUAGUGCUUCGCGAGGCAUUGCAAUCGACAACUCCGCUGCCCAUUGUAUGGGACAAGUCUAAAUAUCAGGCGGUCUUCUUGCCCGAGGCCAUCACACCCGCACACGGGAACAUUCCGCUUUCGGUCUCUCGCGGCACUACCACGGAUGGAACCGAUCAUACGUUGGCCUUACAAGAGAGUAUCCUGCGGCAUGCUGCAAUCAGAGCAAGAUUAGAGAGCGGUCCUGCUCGUGCUUCAAUGGAUACAGUGCAGAAAGUACUCUCCUCUGCAUCCUCAACUACGUCUAGAGCAAGGACAUCAAUUCCACCGAUUGAGAGCCCAGUCUCCAGCCCUGUCCAUAUUGUCAAGGAUGGAAUGGCCACUAGUACCGCCAUCGAAUACCCUCCCAGUCCCGGACUGAGGAAACGGCAGGGCGGUAUUUCGGCGAAAACAUUCUUGGUCCGCGAUCUCGAACCCGCGCAGAAUGCAAGCUCAUCGAGAAUCCCUCUUCACUGUGCAGAGCAAGAAAACCUCGAGGACGCUCAGGAGACGACCUGCAUGAGCUCCGCCACGUGUGAACAGCUUGGUCGUCACAAAGGCACAAAUGGAAAUCGAGUUUGGAUACCCUCAGUCAGAAAGAGAACCAUCGGACUGGCCUCUGUCAUCCCAAUAAUCAUGGCUCUCUGCUCUCUGAUGCUGUUAGCAUUCUAUACCAACAUUCUGCCAUUUGAGACUCCUCUCUUUUGUACAGAGGCGCGAGAUUCUCCAGCCUCAUCUGGAUCAAUACGUACACGUCUACUUUGUCCGAUUUUCUCCAAGGAUUCUGCCCGCAACGCUUACGCAGAACAGCCUGAACUACUGGCAAAGACAGAGACCGUGACAGCCUGGCCAAUCGAGACCUGGAUAUCGACCUUGACCGAGACGGAGAUUCUGACAGAAAUAUUCGUUAAGACAACAACGCAGAUAAAACCCCUGACACACAUGAAGACGGAAACCAAGACUGAGACUGUGACAGAGCCCCCCACCCAUACACAUACAGAAAUCCAGACGGAAACAAUGACCGUGUUCAUAGUCCAGCCUUCCUCUUUCCCUCCCACAAGAUCUUUCAAUCUUCAGAUCCAUUCAUCGGGCUCUGAAGAAACCAAUAACAGCAGCAGCCCUAGCGCCGCCGAACCCGUCCCAGGAGCCUCACCAUCUCUAGAGCGACUUGAGAGCAGCAGACAUUGGCUUUGCUCUUGUCCGAGUAUUACGCUGAGCAACAACCAAUGCGGAAAUCCCAAUGCCACCGCAUCCUUGUCUUCUUACUCUCAGCUGCAACUCCCACGUCCACCACGAAGAAUCAUCGAACGGCCUACGGCAGCCGAGAUGGACGAGCGCGCCGAAAAGGCCCGACAGCGCAACUCGAAGCUGCAACGGGUCCACACUGGGCCGGAUUACUUGGGUCUGGUGCCCGAGGUCCAGCGGAUGUUGGAGAUCUGGCAGUACAAAGUUCACGAGCUGGUGUUGGGUGGAGCAAUGGGCGUCAGAGCAUACUGA